AUGGGGACCGUGGAGGAACCACUCUCCUCACUCUUUACUUUACCUAACGAUAUUCACAUCAUUUCAUUUCCACCCAGUUUACAUCCAAGAACCAAGUCACUUGCUGCUGGCGCUGGCAGUACUGUCUACAUUAGAUCCCAUAUACAUAGAAAAAUACCGUAUCGCAUUCAAACGUUACUUAAUUAUUUUACAUCACUACACGGGAAUCACAGACAUUGUUUUUUUCUUGCACAGACAAUUGAAGUUUAUCUCGUAUACGAUGAUUUAGACUGCCUGCCUAAUUAUUUGAUUUUGAUUACAGAACCAUGCCUAAACCGCAAUAUACUCAAAAGUUUCGAGACGCAUGGUUAA